UGAAAUAAUGUUUGUUUAUUUAUUUAUUUAUUUUUAUUUCACACUUUGCCAAUUAAACUGAAAAGCUAAAAUUGGAUGAUAUUGUAUGAAGAGAGCUGGGUUAGAAAAAAAUGGUAAAACAUAUAAAAAAGAGGGUGAAAUAAAAAGAGCAUCUUGAUACAUCAUCAUAGAUUCCUAAGGCAGUGUUGAUUCAACUCUGAUUCCCCGAUGUAGUUAUCCAGAUCUCAGAGCAAAUAACACACAUCUGCACAGAUAUACGAUACAUAGACACUUGCUUUAAUUAUGUUUCUCUUUGAAAGAAAAAAUCACUGUUGUUUCUCAACAGUGCUGCCUCUAAUUGUCAAAGAAUGGAGAUGAACAGACAGCACAAAUCUCCAGAUUUCUGCUUAAAACACAGCGAUCUACCAAAGGACUCAAUUUAUUUGACGGGGCCCCAAAACAAACAUUCCAGCCAGAGGUCUUUUUUUUUUUUUGACAGUGUUCCUGUAGCCUUGGCACAAACCCACCACUUUCUUUUAUUCUUUUGUAAUAAUACAUUAAGUGGAAAACAGCAGUGGGUCAUUGACAAUUCUCUUUCUAGACUGAUCUGUGGAGGCGCAAUACGGCUUAUUGCAGUAAUGAGCAUGAACAUAGGACGUACCAAAAGAAUCACAAGAUUUUCUUAGUCUUUUGAAAAGAGAAAGAAUCGGUGAUAUGUAAAGCUUUUCUCUUUUUCUUCUUCCUCAGAUAUUCAGUGGAAUGAAAACAAAUAUUAGAGAAACAUUCAUUGCUGCUGCCCAUAUCUCCAGUGUGCAGAACUAAUCAGUCUUCGCUUCUUGCCCAAGGUCUCUCCAUUUCUGAUGAACGUUGUUCUGCACCCCCAACAAAGACAACAUCAAAGCCGAAGGCUUGCACUCAAAACAGCUCUGGCUUUGUAAUCUAUUUCAAAUCCAGCAUUCUUAAAACUUGUUUACAGAAAGAUCAACUACAAAACUUCUUGGGAAGACAUCACUACCUCUCUGACAUGAAUAAUUGAACUGGUGUGAUAACCUUAAACUCUCUGUUUUGCCAUAAUUGCUUUGCUAAUAACAUUCAGAAACACGGCGCAAAGAAUAUAAACUACAGCUCUGCUAAGUUUACACGCAUGCAAUACUCAGUUAAAAGAGGUAGACGAAGCCUCUGGCAGGGAAAGUUUUCAGAGUUUCGAAACUCAGAGAACACUUUCAAACUAGGAAGAGAGACAAUACAGAGUGGGAAAGUGAAUGAUUAUGAGUGAAAUCUAAAAGAAUCAAAUAAACCUAUGACAAAAAUGCUGUCAACACUUCCCGCAAAAACAAACUCCAGGAAGGUAAGUGGAGAUGAAUUCAAUACAUUUACAUAUAAUGACACUGAAAAUGACAGACAGACUGACUAAAAAGAGAAGGAAGAGAAAGCAAAUAAGACCAUUAUUCUUCUUGGCUAUUUGUGAGGGAAGAUCAUGUUUCUAUUAUCAUAAAAUGGAAUGAUUAUAAAUAAUAAAUGCUGCAAUUUAAAUGAUACCGUUUGAUACACUGCACACAAGACAAAAAAAAUUGCCUGUCCUUUUUUUUUAACAGCAUUCCUUAAAAACAUGAAAGCUAUUGCAAAAUGUUACAUCUACUGAAGUGAAUUGUUGCACGGACACACUGGAAAGACUGAUGCCCCAUUAGGCUAUAAAUGUAUAAUUUAUUAGAAUUCUUUUGAAGAAUUUCAAUUCAUGUUGUCCAAGACCUUGCAUGUCCACACACUGAGACGUUCUGCCACCUUGUGGCUUUGUCAUCUUCUGCAAAGAGGAGACUUGAUCCUGGAAUGGAAAUGUUUUUGCAGCUCACAUCCCCUUAUUCUCUUACAUUCACUUUUAUGUUUCCAUAAUUUCCAUCCCAUAUAUAUAUAUAUAUAUAUAUAUAUGAUCAGAUCUUCGAAAGACAUUAUGAAACAGCGUGCCCCCGCAAACAUUGAACUUCUUCCUUAAGGACAGGUGAGCACAGACGAGUGACCUUGAGUUGAUGGGCGAAGCGAGUGAAAGAAUGUCUUUCAUUAAUAUGUUUAGGUCUCAGAGCUGCCUGUGGAACAGGACGGAUGAAACGCGGUGUGCUGUCUGCUCUGCCCUGCUUUAAAGACAAAGCACCUCUGGUAAAAUGAUGAACUCUCUAAUCCUUUGUAUUCAUUCUUCUGCCCCCAGAUUUAAACGGGUACACCGUCUCUUUUCUGCCUGUUAACAGGCAGCAGUAUAAUAAUGUAGUUUCCUGUGAUGUUUCGAAACCAUUGCUCCAGGCUCAAGCUUAGUCGGCAGCGUACGGGAUCAAGAAGAAAUGUGAGCCAGUGAAAAUGGAUAAAAAUGGCCCAUUGCACCCCAAGGUGGGUUUACUGAGAACUACAGAGUGCCAAUGCUUUGGAAAAGACUGACUGUGUUGUCUCUGUUAUGGCGGCAGUAAAAGAAAGUGCAGAGGAAGACAAAGAGGUAGAAUCUUCCUCUGAUGACACUCAAGAGCUGACAAGCACAUCUUCUCCCAACAACAACAAUAACAGCUUGGAUCCACCAGAGCCCCUGCCCUUGGACAGUCACCAAAACCCUUUAAAUGGAGUCCAGCCGAACCCAUUUGUCUGUGGUAGCGUCCCUGCUGCCCCCAGCACAAUCGACUCAUUGCCUUCAGGAGCACUUGUUAAUGGAGCUGCUUCACACUGUACCUCAGAGGAGCCCUGCGUCCACAACAAAGACAUGUCCCCUCUGCCCGGGACAGACACCAGCCCUGAGGUGUUACCGCCUCCCAGUGAGCUUCAAUCAGACACCCGGCAGAAAACAGAAGGGUGCGCCCUAAAAGUGCGGCCCGCACGGGCCUCAUCUGAAUCAAACAACAGUGACGGUGAGGCCCCCUUAGAUGUGCUGGUGGGGGAAGGCUUGGAUAACAGGCCAAUCAGCCGACUGUUGGCUAGAAAGGGAAUCAAAGCAGGGUGCUUAUGGGACUUUGAUUCGGAGUUGUCAGAGAGCUCCUCUGAUGACUGUGAUGGUCUGAACUGGGGCCUGCAGGAGAAGUUCAUGCGGAUACUGUUGAAAAGCAGCGUAGCAGGUGAUGGAGUAAGAACAAAGGUAGAGAUUGAUGGAGCUCCACCUGCCAAGCGAAGACGGAGGAUGCGUAAAAAUCAUGCCAUGGAGAGGGCUGACACUGGAGGACAGGUUUAUGAUGGCUUUGAUUACGCAUCCCAGAAUUCCCUAACCGACGAAGACUCCGAUUUUGAGUCGUCCAUUAACAAAGAACAUGCCUUCAGGAAAGAGCCGGAAAGUUUGAAAGCAUAUGCCGGCUUGCGCCUGGAGAAAUUCUGCGACAAGUCAGCUGCCAUGCAGGAGCUAAUUUCAAGCGAGAAGGAAGAGAGAUGUGAUGAAGGCGGCAGCGAUGUAGAAACAAACACCUACAUGGGUGAAAAAUCGGCACAGUUAAAGACAGAGACAAAAACAGGCGAGGAGCUGUCCUUCUUCCCAUGUUCAAAGUGCAACGAUAAUUUCAAGGAGAAGAAGCAUUUGCAUAGGCAUAUGAUGUAUCAUUUAGAUAGGAAUAAUAAGGUGAGACAAGAAGACAUUCCCCGACCCUUUAUAUGUAGAGAGUGUGGGCGUUCGUUCCGAGACCUAACCUCUCUGCAAAAGCACAUGAUAAUCCACCAGGUGCGGAGGGAGAGGCUGAUGGAAGAGAUUAAAGGUUUCAGUAAGAUAGAUGUCGAGGGAAGAAGAGCUUGUCUUCAGUGUCCCCAGUGCGUCUUUGGAGCGAAAUGCCCCAAAACUUUCGUCCAUCCUAGCAAAACUAAUGAGAAGGAGAAGCCGUCUUAUAGCUGUGAGGAAUGUGAUCACAUGACUACGACUGAAAUGGAGGCACACGAGUGCACAGCUCACCACAAUGCAUGUGGCAAGACUGGCGACUUUUUUGUAUGUCAAAUUUGCACAUUUAGAAGUAAGAACAUGUAUAGUUUCAGAAAGCACGUGGAGCUUAUCCACGGGCAAAAUUUUGAGAAUUAUGAACCUCAACCACACAGCAAUGUGGAUGACCACAUAAAAGCUGUGUUGGACCAGCCCAAAAACAUGGAUUCAUCCUUACUUAUGCCAAAGAUUCAAAGCACAGAGAAGCGGUCUGUUAAGGACAGAGUUCAGCUGCCCUUUAGGCCCAAUGGCUCAGCUGACCUUAAUGUGAAAAGCAAAGACACACAAAAAGCCUGUGAUGGUUUCAGCUCCUCGCUGAUCAAAUGGAGCCCUGGCAGCCCAGCAAACAAGCUGUCACCAUUCUCACUGAGAAGUGACAAGCCAAGCAAAUUAUCCCCUCUGCCUACAGAGAAAAUAGACGUGACAACAGGUCUCCCGUAUGUCGAAGAAGACAAUCAAGAAUAUGAAAGCGCUGUCUCCGAAAAGAGGACAAAAUAUCUUUCCAGCUUUGACGUACAUCUUACAACGAAAACAGAGAUCGUGAGUAAAGCAGCCUGUCUGAACCCUGGCACUGAGAGCCGUCCCAAAGAUCCUUCAACCGGCAGUACUUUAGCACUGCAAACGCUGCGGCACAAAGUACCCUCGAAAAGAAAAAUGUCAAUCCCGUAUCGCAACACCCAUGCCGAUAUUCCUCAUGUGCGUCUUCCAAAAUGUGAGCCUGAGUCUCCACAAUGGGACUCUAGUACACCACAAGAGGGAGAUGACUAUGAAGGUGCUCAGGAUUUCAGCGACUGCACCAAAGAGUCUUCGGAUCGGUUUCAUAGCAAUACCCCUAGUGAUUAUUUCAUCCCUUUCAACAGCAACAUUCUGGACUAUGCCAAUCAUACUAAUCCAGACAAUAGCAUAGAGGUGGACAGUGAUGAUAUUUGUACAUUUAUAGUGAAGGAUGAGUGUAUUGAGAGUAUAAUAAGCGAGGAUAACCCUGAUCAUGGUAUUUAUCAGCAAAGUGACCCUUAUGCAGAGUAUAUUGUCAACCCUUUGCCUUUGGUGGGCAGGAAGUGCUGUCCCUAUUGCCCUGCAGUGUUUGAGUCUGGGGUGGGCUUGUCCAACCACGUGAGAGGACACUUACAUAGGGUGGGGCUAAGUUAUGAUGCUCGUCAUGUGGUGUCACCUGAGCAAGUGGCAUCUCAGGACCGCCAGCCUCGCAUACGCAGAAAAAUUCCCUCAGUGAAUCGCAGAAUCAGAAAAGAUAAGCCAGAGUCUAAAACCGAGCAUACCUGUCCGCUGUGCCUGGGCUGGUUUGACACUAAGACCGGCCUCUCCAAUCAUGUGCGGGGCCACCUGAAGCGGAUUGGCAAGCCAAUUUCGGGUGCUAGCAAGUCACCUCUCUGCAUCCUGACGGAACUUCUUCAGGAUGAGACGGAGUACAGGAACAUUAUGAGGGUGUUUGGUUCCAGACCGCACUUAUCUAAACCUUUUGUCUCUCAAAAGUUUGCCAGCAGCGAUGGACUGUUUCUUACAUCCUCCGGCAUUCCCGUGAAGAUCCACCAUACAACUGGCCCGCCAGAUGAAUGGACAAUGAUCAGACCCCCCCAGGUUGACAGAGAGAGAAAGAGGACCGAUAAGGUCCAAUCUAGCACUUUAGAGGAUCUGCUGGGAAAUAGGAAAGUGGAGCAGGAAAUGGAGGUUGAAGGUCACUCCGAGGAGGCCAGGACUCCUUUGACCAUCUCCUCCACUAGUGGCAGUUUACCCAGAACACCAUCUGUGAAGCUGGAUCCUACCUGGAGUCAAGAAAAUAAGAAGAUCUGCAUCCACUGCAACACGAUGUUCCACAGCGCUGUCAGCCUGUCCAAUCAUCUCCGAGCAUAUGCGCGACGGAAGAAAAUUGCCUUAUUAGAAGGAACAACAUAUGAUUGUAAACAGAAGAGGCCGAGAUCAAGGCCUGGGCCAAAAAGAAAGGCGUUUUCAUCUUCACACACCACCUCUGAAGUGAUCUACAGAAUGACCUGCAGGUACUUUACAGCACUCCUGCACUCUCUCCUACCACUACCAGGAGUUCUCAUUUCUGUCUUUCUCUCCUGCAGGUUCUGCGAUCUGAUCUUCCAGGGUCCUCAGUCAAUUCAGGAAGACUGGAUCAAGCACUUGCAGAGGCAUCUUAUGCACACGAGUAUCCCCGGCGUGGGUGCAGGUAUGGUGGAAGUUUCGGCGCUGUGUAAAGAGCUGUGUUCCCCAUCUCCCCCCGAGCGCCUGCUUCUGGAUACACACCCUCCUCUCAGUCUGCCUGAGGGGGUCUCCUAAGCCACGUUUACACACCAGCUAUGCUCACUGUACACCUGUUCUGCACAUGUUCAUAAACAAAUAAACAUAUAAUACUGUAUAUACAUCUAUAUAUGAAAACAGAAUAGAAAUAUAUAAUAUAAAUGAAAGAUUUUCUUAUAUCGCAUAUUAUUCUUUUUUUUUCCUUUGGUUUAUUUCCCAGUUUUAUUAUAUCAGUCUUCGGUUAUUCGUAAGGGCAUGCUAUUUGCAACAUAGAUGUAGAGCUAUAUUUAGAUCUUGGAUGUGCACAUUAUGCAGUCUCUCGCCGCAGACUGCAGUUCUCAGCUGCUGUGACUUGCAAGUCUAAAAUCCUGCAACUAGAUUUUAGAAACUGUCCAAAUCAUAGAAUACAGAGGUCACUGUUUAGAACAUGUCGACUGAUCAGCUUCAAAGACAGCUACAAGGAUUUAUUGCUAUUUACUGUAAUUUUACGCCGCAAUGUUUAUUUACACUGACAAAAAAUAUGUAUAACCUAUUUUUUAAGAGAGUAUAUCAACAUGAUAAUAUAUAUACACACACACACACACACACAAUUAGUGCUUCAUUUAUGGUUAAGAAUUCUUAUAUCUACUCUUAUGCAUCAUUUAACACUUUGAGGAAAAAAUAUCGUAUUGCGUAUACGAGCAUUAGAGCCCAAAACAUGUAACUCACAAUCUAUUACAAUAUUUUUAAUGCCAUUAUCAAAGAAAUGAACUGUGAACUUUAUGACUGUAUCAAUGAAUAUUUUUCCAAAAGUUUCUAGUUGUUUAGUAAUAUCAUGGGCAAUACUGUCAUGAUGCAAUAUUGAUUAGUUCUAUCUAUAUAAUGUCAGAAAAGCUCAUUGUUCUAUAUUAUUGUUGUAUGUUGCUGAAACCCCCUGCAAAUACUGUUUUUGCUCAUCAUUUUAUGGUGCUAAAAUCUAAGGUAUAUCACUCAAAAGUAUAAUAACACAACUAAUUAUCGUGUUUUACUUUAGGAUACUUAAGGGAAUCUUUACCACUCAGUCUUUCGGAGGUAAAUGAUUUCUUAGCAUUUGAUUGUAAAUAAAUCUGUAGGUAAAGACCAAAUGGAGGGAUAGUCCUCCAUGCCCUGGUCAGCCCUUCAAAUAGUUACCAUGUAACUAUAUACCAUUACUUGGUGAUGAUAAUGUGCAAGCACAUACCGAUCAAUUAAGGUAUACAAUGUGUUAAUGAGCAGAGGAAGCGUUAACAUAUUGGAUUUGUCUCUGUUAAGUCACUAAUAGCCAAUUAAAAUGUAAUUGUGAUUUAAACCUUUGUAUCUUUUUCUGCUGUAAUACUUAUUUACUUUACACUUCCACCAUGUUGACAAAGGCUCUGUCCAACAAUGUCGUUAUGCAAGUGUCAAAGAUCACCAUGAUAUCACCGUCGUCUUUGAGGAACAGCUCUGAUAAUAUCAGAGAAAAUGGCUUGACCGGGGUCUGUUUUCAGGUUCAUCAGUAAGCGUCUGGACCGGGGGGCGACCUCACAGUUUGUCCCGGGCAGGGCUUAGACUGGCGAUCAAAGCUGUACAAACCAAUUGUCAUCACGUUCCUCCAGAGGGAAUUUGGAGUACAUUAAUGCCCCUGCUUUGGGAAAUAAUUGUAUCUCUCUGUGACUUCAUUAGGCUCUCCUGGCCGAAUCAAAAGACACUCCACCAAGGCUGGAAGCUGCAUGGUGGGCAGACAGUGUCCCAAAGGGCCGAAUGAAUAAAAAACGAGGGAUUAUAAUGAGAUUGAGCUAACCAUGACCAGGAUUGAGUUUUUCCAUUAUACCAUUGGCAGCUUUAAGAAUGAGGUGGACGAGGGGGGAGGCAGGAACAUAAAGAAAUGUGUAAGAUCCACACCAGCCAUCUGCCACAGGGCUGUGCUGCUGACAGACCAGAGCACGCUUAUCAUUAGGCAGUGAAUCAAAGAGGCCUGCUCUCUGGAGAUUCCUCCAUUAAAACAGUAUACAAGUGUCAUCCCUUCUCGGUGUGCAAGAGAGCACAUCUUAUCUGAAUCAGGAGGCGUAAUGACUCGGCUUUGGGAAACCAGAAAGAGGCUUUCUAUUAAUCACCAUAUUUUAUUUGUUAAAUCGAACCUCUAGAACGUAUGAGGAAGAGAUUGCACAUUGUGUUGUUUCAUAUUAAUGGUGUAACCUUAGGUGGUAAUUAAAAUCGCCCUCUGGCGGAUAAGCACGUUCUUAAUAUUUCAUUGGCGUGGUUAUGACAAAGGCAGACUAAGAACCGCAGGAAGGAUAGAGAGGGGUUAUCUCACAUUACAUUUAUCUCCUGAUAGUAGUCUCAGGUGCACCUGACACAAACACCAGGAGAUACCAUUCGUUGAUUGAUUGAUUGAUUGAUGGGCACUUUCUCCUCUUUCUUAGUGUUUUUCUCGUCUCCAAAGACUGCCACUUGUCUUGACUUUUUUCCCUCCUAUGAAGUGGCAGGAGCGACCUGGAGAUCGGGACCGGUGACCGAGCCCUCAACGCUGUCGACCAUGCCCUUGCUUUUGCUUUCGGUCAUUCCUAAAGUGUUAGAGCCUUCACUUCCUCUGUGAAAAAAGACAGGAAAAGAGAGAGAGGAAAGAGAGAGUGUGAGAACAAAAAAAAAAUCAAUAGGUUUCCAUUAUCUGGUUGGGCAGUGUCACUGGCCUGUCAAUGAUCCCGCUACAGUCCCGGCACAAGGGUGAGACGAGCCCCCAGUCAAUCGCCACUGACAAGAGGAAAACAUGCUGACAGCAACCAGGAACAAGUCAGAACACAGAUUUGCACUUCAAGCGCUCGUCCGAGGGGGCGGUGUGAGGGGCCACCAAACGGCGAGGGGCCAGGCUCGGGCUGAGAGGGGGGCACGGUACAGCGGGCUCUGGCCGGGUUUUCACCCCCUUGUCUGAAUGUCUCACUCCCCCUCACAAACGCUUUUAUCCUCACAUCAAUUAUUUACCUCUGGAUACACCAAAGGAAACCCAGGUGCACUGAUUGUGGCCAAGAGAAAUUCAUCACCUUCGUGGUCGCCACAAGCUUGCGUUCUCUGUUCUGUUCCUUCUCUUUCUCCCCCCAUUGCUACCCAUCUCCAACACCCUGUCCCACAAAAU